AUUUAUACACACACACACAAAUUAAUAUAUAAUAAAUAAUUUGAUCAAAUCAGAAAAAGUUAAAAGUUAAGUUUUUUAAUAACUCAACUUCAGAUAUAUAUUAAAUAUAAAUUUGUAGAUUUCAUGUAGAUCGUCAUUUAAAUUUUUAAUUUUGGUCAACAACCAGUAAUUUGAUGUCUGUUUAGUGAUUUUCUGUUUUGUAGGUAGUAACACUGAUCUGGAGUCAGCACCCUCACCUGGUUGGUCAUGAGUUUUGCUCCGAGUCCGUUCACCCCCAUGGGCAUCCGCAGCAUUCAGGAGCAGCGGGACCGCUGGGAGAGGAAGAGGAGCCGCACGGCCCGCGAGCUAGUCCAGAGUGAACAAAGAUACUGCGAACAGCUGGAUCUAGUCGUCACGUACUUUGUGGAGAUCUUGAAGGCCAAAGGAACCCUCAGGCAGGACAUUAGAGAAAGCAUCUUCAGUUCAAUUAAAUCCAUUCAUUUAAUAAACCAAACCCUUCUCACUCAUCUAGAACUGGGAAGGUUUGGCAUUGGGUUUGAGGAGUUUUGCACUCAUCUGCAGUUGUACAGUGUGUACGUUGACAACAUUCAGACUGCUAAAAAAGUCCUUGUGGUUCAGGUGAAGAAAAGCAAAGCCUUCAGACGGUUUAAAAAGCUCCAGGAGUCCAGGCCUGAGUUCAAGCAGCAGAAACUUGAGGAUUUGCUAACGCUUCCUCUUCAGCGCAUCCAGCAGUAAGUCCUCAAGUACACAUCAUUUUUGAGGGACUUGACAGAGAACACCGGUCCAGACAACCCGGAGUUUCAGCAGCUUUCAAAGGCAGUGAAAGCCGUCUCAGAGGUCGCCCAGCAGAUCCAGGACAACGCUCGCAGCCAUGAGAACCACCUGCAGCUGCGCAGAGUCCAGAAACAGCUGAAGGGCCGAAAGACCAGAAUCCUGACUCCAGGGAGGUGGUACAUUCGGGAAGGCUGGUUAAAGACAGUGCCCCCUAAAGGCACGGAGGCAAAACCCAAGAUGUUUUACCUGUUCUCUGACAUCCUGCUCCAGGCCAAACCGUGCAGUCCCAUACAUCCUACCAAUGGGGAUAAGUUUGCCUGCCAGCGAAUCUACCCAUUAAAGGAGUGCACAGUGGAUAAAGUCUUCGGCCACACCAAAAGCCAGGGGGGCCUUAUUAGUUUGACCUUCGCCAGGGCCAAACUGCUUUUAAUGUCCGAUGAUCAGGGGGACAUUAACGAUUGGUACCGUAGCCUCUGCUUGACUGUUGGGCAGCUGAAGUCAAAGAAUACAGCGGUGCACAGGAGAGACGAGCUGCGUAGGAAGCCAAUCAGAUCAGUUCCAGACAGUCAGAACACUCCAGAGCUGCAGCAAACACGUGGAAUAAAAAGAACCAUGAUGUUGGAUGAAGAGGUUCGGGAACACAGAGAGGGUCAUAGCAGCAGCUCCAUCCCUUCAACAGGGGAAAGCGGCUACAGCGCCACCAAGAGGCAGAAGUCUAAUGAAGCUCCUGCUGCGAGACCACAGGAGUCUUCAGGAUCAAGCUGCGUCAUACUGUGAGGAGGUUCAUGUUCUGAAAACAGCUGAAAGAUCUGCCCACAGAUGGAAGGAGCAGAGGUGAUUUAGGAUGAAUUCAAUGCAAUACUGCAUUUUUUUCCAUAUGCCAAAGAAUAUGGUGCAAUGCAGGCUUAUUGCUUUUAAGCAUUUAAGCAUUUACUGUUCACAUUUUAAAGGUUUUUAUACUGAGAUGUCUUACUAUUUAAAGUGUAAUUCAAUGCAGAAUCACUCAGUUAUCACCAAUAAUGGUCAAAAUCUAACAAAAGAUACACACACACAAAAACAUCAUGUAUAGUAACAGAAUAUUUAUCUAGUCACCAACUCUGAAUAUACAUCACUAUAUAAGCAAUGCUAUUUUUGCAAUGCACAUUUUUAAUAUGAAAUAAUUUAGUGCAAUAUGAUUUUUUGGUUUGCAUGAGAUUUUGCUCUGUUAUACACUGGAACAAAAGGGAAAACUGGUAUUUAUAUAUACUGAAUGUUUUAAUUAUUGCCUACUCUGCAAUACUUAAUGCAAAUAUAUAUAUAUAUAUAAUUUUUUUUUUUUUUGUCUGCUUGUCUUAAACUUUUACUGUUAGAUCAAUUUAGUGGUGUAAUUGUUUCUAACUCUGUUACACUGGUCAAUAUUAUAUUUUGCAUGUGAAUUAAUAAAAGCUCAGUGAUUUGCAGUGAUUCGUUUUAACUGUUCAUGCUCUGGUCAACACUGCCCUCUUCUGGAACAUUGCUGAUCGCUCAAGUCUCACAUGCAUUGAAUCCAAUGCUAGAGUUUAAGUCUGGAAUUGAAGUCUGUUAGAGAGAG